AUGUCUGAUUGUGUCGACAGAUGUCUGUUUAGUUGUUUCAAUCGUUUUUACAGUAAAUAAUCACAGGACAUUUUGCUGCACAAGAAUGGAUGUUACAAAAUAUUACAGCUUCUGGAUCGUUGUAUUUCUGUCUUUAUGGGACUCUUCGCUUGGCCAGAUUGUCUAUUCCGUCUCCGAGGAGGUAAAUAAGGGAACUGUGAUCGGGAAUAUAGCAAAAGACCUGAAGAUCAGUGCUCAGGAACUAGAAUCACGCAUGUUUCAGAUUAUGCCUGCAGGAUCAAAUGCAAAGUAUUUUGAUGUAAAUGUAAAAACGGGCUCGCUGUUUGUCAAAGACCGGAUUGAUCGCGAGGAGUUGUGUGGCAGCAAUCAGAAAUGUGCGUUAAAUUUAGAGGCUCUUGCUCAAAAUCCUCACAGACUUUAUCGGCUUGAAAUUAUAGUCGUGGAUGUGAAUGACAAUGCUCCCUUUUUUCCAGAAAGCACAUAUGUUGUUAAUGUUACAGAGAUUGCAAAUGAGGGGGACAGGUUUCCUCUACCAAUUGCAAAAGAUUCAGAUGUUGGCAGUAAUUCUCUGAAAGACUACAAACUCAGUUCAAAUGAAUAUUUUUCUUUAGAUAUUCAUAGCGGGCAAAAGAGUAUGUUGGCUGAAUUAGUGCUACAGAAAGCUUUAGACAGAGAAAAACAAGCUGCUAUUCACUUAAUACUCACCGCUGUUGACGGAGGAAAACCUCCUAAAUCUGGAACAUUGAGUAUUGUUGUUGACGUAAUUGAUGUUAACGAUAAUAAACCUAUUUUCAGAAAACCUUUGUACAAAGUUAAAGUGAAGGAAAACUCACCGAUCGGAACCAAAAUAAUCUCUGUUUCUGCCAGUGAUUUGGAUGAGGGCAUAAAUAGUGAAAUUCAGUAUUCAUUUCUUGGUCAUGAAAAUACCGAUGAAACGAACCGGUUUACAAUUAAUUCCAAAUCAGGGGAAAUUGCUGUUCAAGGACAAAUUGACUAUGAAGAAGACUCUGCAAUUGAACUGCGAGUUCAGGCGAGAGAUAAAGGCAGUCCUCCUAAAAGUACACACUGUAAAGUUUUAAUAGAAGUUGUGGAUGAGAAUGACAACGUGCCAGAGAUAGUUACGACUCCUCUGCUGGAAAGUGUGAAAGAAGAUGCAAAACCGGGAACUGCAGUUGCUUUAGUUACAGUCUCCGAUAAAGAUGGAGGUAAAAACGGGAUUGUACACUGUGCUCUGAAAGGCUCGUUUCCUUUCAAACUGGAGACAUCAUAUAACAAUCAUUAUUCUCUAGUGGUAGACGGACCUCUGGACAGAGAGAGUGCUUCUCUGUAUAACAUCACAAUUACAGCUGCAGAUGAAGGAACUCCGUCUCUUUCCAGCAGCACUGUUAUAACUCUACAUAUCUCAGAUGUUAACGACAAUGCACCAGAUUUUCCAGCACCCGUUAUUAACUACAGCGCUCCAGUGAUCAGCACACAUCCAGACGGAAGCUGGUCCUUCUCUAAAUCCACACAACAGUACGACGUGUGUUUUAGUUCCGACACAAUAAAGAGUGAUGUAGUCGUUUUCCCCUCGCCAUUUCCGCCAGCAGACGCGGAACUGAUCAGCAUUAAUGGAGAAGAUACUUUUACGCGCACGCAAACCCUUCCGAGCACUGAGAAGAAUGACAACAGUCCGGUUAUUUUACCGCCUUAUUCUGAACCUGGAUCAGUUAAUAGUGAGAACAUUCCCUACUCUGCUGAAGCGGGAUACUUUGUAGCCAAGAUCAGAGCUGUUGAUGCUGACUCUGGAUAUAACGCACUUCUGUCUUAUCAUCUAACUGAACCCAAAGGAACGAAUCUCUUCCGCAUUGGAAGCAGCACUGGAGAAAUAAAGACUAAGAGACGAAUGAGUGACAAUGACUUAAAAACUCACCCUCUUCUUAUCACAGUGUCUGAUAAUGGAGAGCCAUCACUCUCAGCGACUAUGUCCAUGGAUGUUGUGGUUGUUGAGAGUCUGGAUGACAUAAAGACAUCAUUCAGAGAAGUUCCUGUUAAAGAGGAGAGUUUUUCGGAUCUGAAUCUGUAUCUGCUCAUCGCUAUUGUCUCAGUAUCAGUCAUCUUUUUACUGAGUCUGGUGGGUUUGAUAGCAGUUAAAUGCUACAGGACAGACAGCAGUUUCAGCAGGGAUGGCAUCCGUGUCGCGAGUCAAGGGCUUGAUAAGGGAGACCUGAUGAAUUUGAGUUUUCUGGAGAUUCUGAGUGAAUUCAGUUUCAAAGUCCUACAGCCUGAGUGCAAGCAGCUGUGA